AUGGCUCAUAUUCACUCCCUCUUGAGUCUGUUUUUUAUCAUAUAUAUCAUCGUGUACACUUUGGCUUGUGGUUCUUGUCUUGUUUCGGACGUGGCAAAGUCAGGUCUCUAUUCUAGCAGGAUGCAAGGCCAAGUUCAGACGAUCAAAAGUUCAAAAAUAUUAUACCAACAUCGUGCUGGGCACUUGACGAUAUCAUGUUCUACAUUCGAUGGUGAUUUGGUAGAUAUGUACACUUGUGCGAUUUAUCGAAAUUACUUACUGCGCAAUGUGUUGCAGGAGACUUCUAGUCUUGAAGCACUCCAGGGUAUUCACGCAUGUAUACUAAUCUACAUAUCAAAUGGUCAUUAG